AUGGCCUUUGCCGAGCCGCGCCUGCCACCGCUGCCGCCGGUGUUCAUCACGGUCGAUGCAAAGUCGCCCGACUCCGAGGACAUCUUCCGUCGCGCCACAGUACGUCGCUCCAGGAGCUUCUCCGGCUACGCACCUUUCGGGCGCAGCGACGCUGAGCCGGAGCUUCCUUCGAGCUGCGACGCAGACCCAGCAAGUGCCACUGCAGACCCCGUGGUGUGGCCGGACACCGAUGAGGAUGCAGUGGUGGGCUGCUCUGAGGCGUCGCCCGGUUACAUGAGAUGCUUCUCAGCGCUCACCUUAUCGACGGGCAAGGACCUUGACGUGGACCCCUCCGUGAAAGUCGCCCUAGAUCUCGAAAGUGCUAUUCCAACACCACAUGGGAAGCAGGAAGUCGUCGCCGUUCAUUCGGGUGCGCAGGCCUCGCGGGAGAACAGGAAGAAGCGUGGCCGAACACGGAAGCACCGCCCCCAAGACCCAGAUCCGCACCCGACCGCGGGCACAUCGACGUCAGUGCUGCAGGCCCAGCGUGCUGCUGCCACUGUCUUGAACAAAGUUCGAGCCCUCAUGGCUGCGAAUCGGCUGCGGUCUUCCCGCAAUUAG